AUGAGUAACAACGAUGAAGAGGACCAGCGGUCCUUUGUGAGCUCGGCCUCGAUCCUCCCAGAGGCCAAUACCAUCACUCAAAUCAUCAAGCGCCUCAAAGCGAUGACCAACCGCCUCCUCCCUAUCCAGGUUGAGCUUGAAGACAUCACAUCGCCCACUUCUGCGAUUGUCACCCCCGAGGUGGUCAAGGCGUUUUAUGAAGCUGGUGGUGACUUUAGAGAGGCCGUUCCCUUCUGCCUCCUGCGCGCUCGCCAGUUGUUCAUCAAAGAGGGCAAUCUGAACCAGGCCGACUACGAGGAGAACAUGUGUCGUGCGACGGCUUGUGAGAUGAUCGCCCGUCGCAUCACUCACAUGGUCUCGCGUCACCGUCUCCCCAGCAUCAUGAGCACGCGUUUCCGCUACCUCGAGCCCGACGGAGACCAGUCGCCUGCGCUCAGCGCACUGGAGUGUGCCAUUGACCAGCACUGCACUAUUUUCCUCAGCUCGAACGAGGCGCAGAUCGUCGUCCAGUCGCUCUGGAAGGGUGAAUGGGUCCAGUACAACAACGAGGACGACGACAUCGACUACACCGAGUACCACAUCGACUCCGAAAACGGCGGGUUCUGGGCCCACUUCAACCCGAACCGUCUGGCCGUGCCCCGCUACCAGAACAUGUUCAAGAUCGUGAUGUGGAUUGUCUACCUCUUCGUCUAUUCUCAGGCUGUGCAGAGCCCUCUGGAAGACACCGAAAGCUACCCCAAGUUCGACGGCUGGGAGAUUACCCUCUAUGUCAUGACCUUUGCGUACUUCCUCGACGAGAUCCGCCGUGUUGUCAAAACCAUCGGUAUCUCGACCUCGAUCUAUGCCAUCUUCAACUUCUGGAGCUUCAUCGCCUUGAUCACCGACGCCUUAAUCAUUGCGGCAUUCUCGCUCCGCGUCGCCGGCACCCGCCUCGACUCGGACAGUGAGGAGCGUAAAAACCUCAAUUACCGAUCCUUCCAGGUGCUGGCCUGUGUCGCCCCUUUGAUCUGGCUCCGUCUCAUCACAGUCUUCGAGGGAUACAAGACGGUCGGUGUGCUGCAGGUCGUCGUAUUCCGCAUGCUCCGCGAGUCAGCCAUCUUCUUCAUCCUUCUCGCCAUUCUCGCCGCCGGCUUCAUACAGUCGAUGUACGCCCUCGACGCGGCCGACCGGGAGAUUGACGAGAAGUUCGGCAUGUGGUCGUUGAUUAACAACCUCCUCCGCUCCAUUAUGGGCGAUCCAGACUUUGACACUGCGAGUGAGCGCUUCGGACCACCCUUUGGCACCAUCAUCUACUACUUCUGGAACUUCAUGACGGCUAUUAUUCUCCUGAACAUUCUCAUUGCGUUGUUCGGGACUGCCUACAGUGUCAUUUACGACAAUGCCACGGAUGAGUUCCUUGCCUUCUUCGCAUCCAAGACUAUCAACAUGACUGUUCGCGCGCCCGACCAAUACGUCUAUCCCGCACCCUUCAAUCUCAUCGAGAUCUUCUUCGUCAUCCCCUUCGAGCCCUUCGUAGCCCGCAAGACGUAUGUCAAGAUCAACAAGCUCGUGAUGACGGUCAUCUUCUUCAUCCCACUCUCGUUGAUAGCCCUCUACGAGUCGGGCGUGAUGCACUCGCCCCGCGGCCUGCUGCACGACUACUUUGCCGACCCCAUCCCCGAGGAUGACGACGACCCGAAGGUCCUCAACCCUGAGACCAACGAUCCCAACGGCAUCAUCUGCAAGAAGUCGUUUGAGGAGCUCGUUAGCAACUUCCCUGACACGACGACGAGCACCGCCACGAUCAUCCUAAGGAAGGUUGACAAGAUCAACACCCGUCUUAUCGAGGACGAGGACAAGAAGUGA